UGAGCUCGAGCGUGAGUCGGGCUGAGGGAGACUUGAGAACAGUUGGGAGCUAGCGAGAGCGCGCCAGAGAGCGAGUCGGAGUGAGAGGAGUGAGUGUGAGAGGACCUAGAGGAGUCAGCACGAGAAAACGAGGGUCGGAGGACCCAAGGUUGAGACGGAGUGACCAUGGCUGUCUCUGCACCUCCGGUAAUCUCUGCAACUUCCAGCGGCGCCGGCGUCCCGGGGGGAUUGUUUCGGGCUGAACCCCUGUACUCGACUUCGGGAGAGCCCCCUCGACUCACCCCUAGUAUGAUCAACAGUUUCAUGACCAACAACCACAGCGGCAGCGCAGGGGGUGGCAUGGUCGGUAGUGGCGGUGGCGGCGGCGUCAGCGGCAACACCAACACCAACGAAUGCCGAAUGGUCGACAUGCACGGGGUGAAGGUGGCUUCGUUCCUAAUGGACGGCCAAGAACUGAUCUGCUUACCGCAAGUCUUUGAUCUUUUUCUCAAGCAUCUGGUGGGAGGGUUACACACCGUGUACACCAAGCUGAAGAGACUGGACAUAUCCCCCGUGGUGUGUACUGUAGAGCAGGUCCGGAUCCUGCGCGGGCUGGGGGCUAUCCAGCCAGGCGUGAACCGCUGCAAGCUCAUCACCAGGAAAGACUUCGAAACUUUGUUCACCGAUUGCACCAAUGCCAGAAGGAAGAGGCAAAUGACAAGAAAGCAAGCUGUUAACAGCUCAAGGCCUGGAAGGCCCCCUAAGCGUUCUCUGGGAGUGUUGCAGGACAAUGCCCGCCUUCUGCCCCAUGCAGUCCCAGGCCUCUUAUCACCAGGACUUAUCACUCCAACAGGUAUAACAGCUGCAGCAAUGGCUGAGGCAAUGAAGCUGCAGAAGAUGAAGCUGAUGGCUAUGAACACUCUGCAUGGAAAUGGAAGCCAAAAUGGAACUGAAUCUGAACCUGAUGAUCUGAAUUCUAACACAGGUGGAAGUGAAUCCUCCUGGGAUAAAGAAAAGAUGCAGUCUCCUCUUGCUGCUCCUGGACCCCAACAUGGAAUUGCGCAUUCUGCCCUUGGUGGUCAGCCUGGCCUUGGUGGUGCUCCUACCCUCAAUCCAUUGCAGCAGAACCACCUGCUAACCAAUAGACUGGAUCUGCCAUUUAUGAUGAUGCCUCAUCCCCUACUUCCAGUCAGCUUACCUCCUGCUUCAGUUGCCAUGGCAAUGAAUCAGAUGAACCAUCUCAAUACUAUUGCCAACAUGGCUGCUGCAGCCCAGAUUCACAGUCCACUCUCCAGAGCUGGUGCCUCUGUUAUUAAGGAGCGGCUCCCAGAGAGUCCUUCUCCUGCUCCCUCUCUGGAAGAGAGUCAUCGCCCUGGGAGCCAGACAUCCUCCCACCCCAGUAGCAGUGUAUCCAGCUCUCCCUCUCAGAUGGAUCAUCAUUCAGAGAGAAUGGUUAUGAUGCCCAGCAAUAGAGAGGAACUUAUUGUUGAUCAGGAUAAUGGACCAACUAUCAAAAAAUUCCAAAGGGAUAAUAAAGAAGAGGUACCAGUUCAAAUCCCAAUGAUGAAGUCACCCUUGGACAAGAUCCAGCUGACUCCUGGGCAGGCAUUGCCCCCUGGAUUCCCUGGACCGUUCAUUUUUGCGGAUAGUCUGUCCUCCGUGGAGACUCUGUUGACCAACAUUCAGGUCAACAAUAUUUCUAUAAACAAAAUAAAUGGUCUGCUGAAAGUGGCUUUGGAUAAUGCUCGUAUCCAGGAGAAACAGAUUCAACAAGAAAAGAAGGAACUGCGAAUAGAACUCUACAGAGAGAGAGAAAUUAGAGAAAAUCUUGAAAGACAACUUGCAGUUGAGCUGCAAAGUAGAACUACCAUGCAAAAGCGCCUGAAGAAGGAGAAAAAAGCCAAGAGAAAACUUCAGGAAGCCUUGGAAUUUGAAUCUAAGCGCCGAGAGCAAGUGGAGCAGGCACUUAAAGCCACUGCUAACGACAAUGGGCUGAGGAUGCUGAAAGAUACUGGAAUUCCAGAUAUUGAACUUGAGAACAAUGGGACCCCUCAUGAUAGUGCUGCUAUGCAAGCCUGAACACUGAUGCCGGAACUCCAACUGAUCAUAGGCACGAAUAGGGUGCUGUAGCAGUUACCUGCUAAUCUAGUGUUGCAAAUCUUUAGAAUUUAUACUUAAAUUCUUAAACUGUGGAACCUUCAAUUACUAUUUGUUUAUCACUGAUAAAUAAAAUCUUGCACAACAAGGGAAAUGUGCUAGAGAACAUGCUUCACAAAUUUUCAGGAGAUAAUCAUAAUGAUGACUGAACAUGAUACUUUACAUUUCUUUAACCCCUUUCUUCCAUAGUGGUUUACAAACAUUAUCACAUUAAUCCACACAGCAUCCUAGUGGGGUAAGUAGGUCAAAGAAUUAAGACAGAAAUGCUAUUUCUAAAUGGUGUAGAGAGAAAUUAAAAUGUGGACACAACCACCUUAAGAAGUGGUUGCUACGGAGUAGCUUUAUAUUUGACCUGGUGUUUAACAGGAAUUAUAUCAGGAGGUAAUUCAUUUUUGCAAACGAUCAAUAUUUAUUAUGACUGCUGUUGAGCUCACCUUUCUAAAGGAAACAAUUUGUCUGUAGUGUUCUGUAGCUCUAACUUCCAGAUUUUACUAUACUUGGUUUUCUUCUUGGACCAUUGAUAGUGGAACAAAUAUUUUAACCACUCUGAACUAGCACAUUCCUUAUCUAUGAAGAAGGCAAGUUUUUGUUAUUCUCUUCUUUUCUCAGCUGUGUUUUCUCUUUGUUAGGCUAUCAGAAAGAAAGAAAGAAAGAAAGAAAGAGAGAAAGAAAGAAAG